UGCACGAUACCUUUGAGCUAAAGUGCGUGAAAGUGAGUGUAGGCGUUCUCUGUUUAUCAUCUUCGGACUUGACAUGCGGACCCCGGGUAUUUUGAUAUUUGGACUGGUCUUUUCACCUUGCGGAUGGAUCCUGGACCUGACGAGCACUGUAGCGACCAACUGGCGCACUCUAAACAAUAUUGCCGGACAGUCUUCAGAUACUGUAGUGAACCAAGGUAUUUGGGAUAUUUGCAACACUUUCACUACAUCAACUCAAGUCAACUGUAAUCUACGAAGCACAGACACAGUAUAUUUCAGUAACCAAAUCAUACCGAUUGCACAGGGUAUGAUGGUGGCCUCGUUGAUUGUGACUGCUUUUGGACUGGCAUUUGUAACGCCUGCAGCGCGAUGCUGGACAAACCAGAAACCACGGUGGGUGCUCGCUAGCAUGGGCGGCCUUCUUAUCUUCUGCUCGGGCGUUUUGACCAUUAUUCCCAUCGCGUGGUACACUCACUUACUGCCCAACCUCAACACGUCUACCACCUUUAUUAAUCCCCAAAAUCGGGACAUACGAGUGGGAUACUGUAUUGUCUUAGGCUACAUUGGGGGUAUCAUGGAGGUCCUGGCGGGUAUUGUCAUAUUCAUUGGGAUAUGCAAAUGUUGCGGAGGUCGAAACCGCGGAGAGUACCCCCAAACUAGACCCCCAAGGACCACUACCAGACCGGUGCGACCGACACCACAUCCAAGAGUGAACGUGCCAAGAAGCAUCAGCUCGAUUAGCAGUUCGAGUGUCCCGUACUCCAGGAAUACACUUGACGACGACCUCGACUUUCCACGAGCGAAAGGUCAUCACGGAAAAGGAACGGUCAAUCCGUCAUACAGUGGAAGACCCUACGAUGCAGAUUUAUAA